UUCUCUUAAAAAAACGUCUCUGUGUCGUCACUUCCUCCACAUUCAACAUGGAGUCGUACGGAACGAAGCUGAGUUUUUGGGAAAACGGACCAAAGCCCGGACAAUUUUACUCUUUUCCCGGUAGCAGUACAUCAUGUGGUCCGGUUAGACACACGCUUAACCCGAUGGUGACCGGGACAUCGGUGCUUGGUGUGAAGUUCAAAGGUGGCGUAGUCAUCGCUGCUGACAUGCUGGGCUCAUAUGGCUCUCUGGCUCGAUUCAGGAACAUUUCUCGUUUAAUGAAGGUGAACGACAACACCAUCCUGGGGGCAUCAGGUGACUACGCUGACUACCAGUACCUGAAACAAGUCAUCGAACAGAUGGUGAUUGAUGAAGAGCUGCUCGGUGAUGGCCACAGCUACAGUCCAAAGGCCAUCCACUCCUGGCUGACCAGGGUGAUGUACAACCGUCGUAGCAAGAUGAAUCCACUGUGGAACACGGUUGUCAUUGGAGGUUUCUACAAUGGGGAGAGUUUCUUGGGCUAUGUGGACAAGCUUGGUGUAGCCUAUGAGGCUCCCACAGUAGCCACAGGCUUUGGAGCAUACCUGGCUCAGCCACUGAUGAGGGAAGUGGUGGAGAACAAGGCGGAGAUUACCAAACAGGAGGCCCGGGACCUGGUGGAGCGCUGCCUCAAGGUGCUGUACUACAGAGACGCUCGCUCCUACAACAGGCAUGAGAUUGCCAUAGUAACAGAGGAGGGCGUGGAGAUCAUUGGUCCUCUAUCAUCAGAAACCAACUGGGACAUCGCUCAUCUGAUCAGUGGGUUUGACUGAAAACAAACAGCAACUAGUUCCCUGCAACAUCAAAACAGCUUCUCACUUUCAACUUAUCUAUCCCAGUUUAGUUUUUUCUGUUUAUGGACAUUUUUCUAAUGGAAAAUAAAAUGUGUUGAUUAAAAAUG